AUGGCGACCUCUGUGCGACAACUUAACGUCCAGUCGCUGAAGCUCGAUGGAGGCGCCCAAUCCUCGCUCCCUAUAGUCUUUGAAUCAUUCGAUCUGCCAGCCGGCAACCAGCGUAUCCUUGGACAGCCGCACCCAAAGAACAGCGUCAUUCCUCUGGCGCUACGUCCAGUGACCCACGAAGACGCUCAGGUAGAGCUCGACUCAGUCGUGGCCACUAUCAAAGCCCUUCAGGUCCAGGACGGCGAGCUGACCAAGAAGCUGGCCCGCCAUGGCACGCUGUUGUUCCGCGACUUGCCCAUCCGUGACGCGCACGAUUUCAGCAAAUUUGCUCACGCCUUCGGCUACCGGCCCCACGAGAUUAUCGGCAUCGUCGUCGACAGACCCCUCCUAGCGCCAAACGUCGCGCCGGCCAACGAGGCGCCCAAGGAGGUCCUGAUCUACAACCACAACGAGUCGCCGCAAGUACCCCACGCGCCUGAAUACAUCUUCUUCUACAGUCACGCGGCGCCGGAGAAGGGCGGGGAGACGCCGAUUUCGUCGUCGCUCGAGCUUUUCCAUCGCGCGCAGCAGGAAAUUCCCGAGCUAAUCGCCGAACUCGCUGAGAAGGGUGUUCUGAGUAGGGUGACGUACAAGUUUGACAAGCAGUACGCUGGCGGGUCGACGCUGAGGCAGGCUUUCGGCAAAGAGAUACAAGAUGGCGACGACGAGGGUACGAGACGGGCCAAGAUUGAGGCACAGAUCGCCCGCUACGGUCGGGGCAAGCACACAACCUGGGAAUGGACCGACGAUGGGAUCAUCUUGACGCACCGGCUUCCAGCUAUCAGGACCCAGGCAGGUACGAAUCUGCCCACAUUGUUUACUGGAUUAGCCGCCUAUUAUAAGACCGUCCAGGUCCAGGAUGCAAGCUCGGAUGUCCAAAAGGCGAGGCAGAAGGUCACGCAACAGCUCUAUGGCGACGGCACUCCUAUCCCGGAGGAGUACCUGGCCCAUCUCGCCAGGAUUACGGAUGAGAUCCGAGUCUUGCACAGAUGGCAGCGGGGUGAUGUGCUUGUCUAUGAUAAUACCAUCGCUCAGCAUGGUAGGGAGCCGUGGGUGGGACAGCAGUCUGACCGCGUUGUGCUGGCUAGUCUCUGGGACGGGGAAAGUGUGCCAGGCGCCUACGGCUUUGGCGAAUGGGCGCAGGUUGUCCAGGCUUUGGACGGCUGA